CGUUUUUUUUUUUGGGUCACACUUCUCUGCUCAGAAGAUUUCGUCCGCUCGCCGUAAACGAGCAAGAACCUGAGGAUCAUCAAUCCCGCAUCUUGAACGGCAUGAGGAAGCAUCCGACCGGUCUCCUCGUGAUCUCGCUCGCGAUCGCCUGCUUCGCGAUCGGCGUCAGAUCCGACGCCUCCGACCACCGCUACAAGGACGGCGAGGCCGUCCCUCUCUACGCCAACAAGGUCGGGCCUUUCCACAACCCUAGUGAAACCUACCGCUUCUUUGAUCUACCGUUUUGCUCUCCAGAUCAUGUGAAAGACAAACCAGAAGCUCUUGGUGAGGUACUCAAUGGAGAUCGGCUUGUCAGUGCUCCCUAUAAACUUAACUUCAAGGAGGAGCACGACUCCAAAGUUGUUUGCAAAAGGAAGCUAUCAAAGGAUGAAGUUGCCAGGUUCAGAGCUGCUGUGAAGAAGGACUACUACUUCCAGAUGUACUAUGAUGACUUGCCAAUAUGGGGAUUCAUAGGGAAGGUUGAUAAGGAAGGGAAAACUGACCCGAGCGAGUACAAAUACUUCCUCUACAAACACAUACAAUUUGAUGUUCUCUAUAACAAGGAUCGUGUGAUUGAAAUUAGCGCUAAGAUGGACCCACAUUCUGUGGUGGACCUAACAGAGGACAAGGAUGUGGAUGUGGAGUUUAUGUACACUGUGAAAUGGAAGGAAACAGAUACUCCCUUUGAGAAAAGAAUGGAUAAGUACUCACAUUCUUCAUCAUUGCCACAUCAUUUGGAAAUCCAUUGGUUCUCAAUUAUCAAUUCAUGUGUAACGGUUCUCCUCUUGACUGGUUUCCUUGCAACAAUUCUCAUGCGAGUGCUCAAAAAUGAUUUUGUCAAGUAUGCUCAGGAUGAGGAAGCAGCUGAUGACCAAGAGGAGACUGGAUGGAAGUACAUCCACGGAGAUGUAUUUCGUUAUCCAAAGCAUAAAUCUUUAUUUGCUGCAUCCCUUGGUUCUGGCACUCAGCUGUUUACACUAACGGUGUUCAUAUUCAUGCUUGCCCUGGUUGGUGUGUUUUAUCCUUAUAACCGAGGGGCUCUGUUCACUGCACUGGUGGUCAUCUAUGCACUCACCUCGGGGAUUGCCGGAUAUACAGCUACCUCUUUCUAUUGCCAGCUUGAGGGACCAAACUGGGUGAGGAAUCUGUUGCUGACAGGUUGCCUUUUCUGUGGGCCACUGUUCCUUACUUUCUGCUUCCUUAACACUGUUGCUAUUGCCUACAAUUCUACGGCGGCAUUACCUUUUGGUACUAUUGUGGUCAUAUUCCUCAUAUGGACACUGGUCACAGCUCCCUUACUUGUAUUGGGUGGGAUUGCUGGCAAAAAUAGCAAGGCUGAGUUUCAAGCUCCUUGUCGCACCACAAAGUAUCCUCGGGAGAUUCCCCCACUGCCUUGGUAUCGGAGUGCAGUUCCUCAAAUGGCGAUGGCGGGCUUCCUUCCUUUCAGUGCUAUCUAUAUUGAGCUUUACUAUAUAUUUGCCAGUGUAUGGGGUCACAGGAUUUAUACGAUAUACAGCAUCCUGUUUAUCGUAUUCAUUAUCCUUCUGAUUGUGACUGCUUUCAUCACUGUGGCACUGACGUACUUCCAGCUUGCUGCAGAAGAUCAUGAAUGGUGGUGGAGGUCAUUCCUUUGCGGUGGGUCAACUGGGCUGUUUAUCUAUGGAUACUGCUUGUAUUACUACUAUGCCCGUUCAGACAUGUCUGGUUUUAUGCAAACUUCUUUCUUCUUUGGGUACAUGGCCUGCAUCUGCUAUGGCUUCUUUCUUAUGCUCGGGAUGGUGGGAUUCCGUGCGUCUUUGCUCUUUGUUCGUCACAUUUACAAGUCGAUCAAGUGUGAAUAGUGGAUUGGCUAGUCCUAAUUCCACUCAUUUCCGCCAUGGAGAGAGGUCGGUAGUUUCUCAUACAAGGUGAUAGGCAUUCUGGAUAGUCUAUGAAGUGGGUUAGAUGUAAAAUCCAUGUGCUGCCAGGGGAGUAUCUUUGACAUCUCUUUUGCACAUUUAGCUAGGCCUCAAGAUGCUGCCGGCGGCACCAAUCUUUUUGUUGAUAAUGUGUUGGUAUGGGACUUGUGUCAACAUUUAUGUGCUGAGAAUCUUUUGGUUUUUAUGUAUCCCCCAACUUCCUCACUGGAAACAUCUUCUAUAUCUUCGUAAAUGGCCCCAGUGCGAAGUAACCUUUUCUCUGCA